GCGCCAUCUGUCAAUAUGCUUUCACCAUUUCCGAUCAAAAAAUAUUGAGAUCAUUUUUGAAGAAUUACUCAUUGAAAUGGACUUUGUAGUCUUCGAAAUAAUCAGAAAUUGACAAAUGGAAUUACUAAGAUUCGUCAGCUGCUAAAUAUAAAACCAAAAACGUGGACAAUGAAGUUGAAAUCGAUAUAAAUUCAGAAAUACGUCAUUCAAUUUUGAACAGCUGAUCAGCUGAGCUGAGUUAAUUUUUUGACAGACAACAAAGGAAGGAAAUACACAAAAAGAAAUUAACACACGUGCAAUGAUGAAGGAAUUAGAAUGGGGGAGCUCCAAAGUGGACUGGUGUGAGUCAAAUUACCACAUUACAUCUGCAAUUGCUGAGUUUUAUAAUACGAUCAGCAAUGUGUUGUUCUUCCUCAUCCCCCCUAUCCUGAUCUACCUCUUUCGACAGUACACUCGUCAAGUUGACUGGGGGGUCAACGUUGUCUGGGUUUUACUGAUCAUCGUGGGAGCUGGCUCCGUAUAUUUCCACACAACGCUGAGCAUUGUGGGACAGUUAAUUGAUGAGAUCUCUAUCUUAUGGGUCGUGAUGUCAGCCCUAGCGCUAUGGUACCCUCGACGUUACCUGCCCGAACUAUUCCAAAAUAGGGGUCAUUUCAAGAUGACAAUGUUGUUCUUCACUGUGAUAACAUCUGGUUUGGCAUGUGCAGUUCCUGAAGUAAAUGCCUUUGUGCUGAUGCUCUUUGGAAUACCAGGAAUAACAUUAUUGAUCCUUGAAUUAAAAAGGUGUGAGAACACAAGAGUUUACAACCUUGGCUUCCGAUGCUGCGUGCUUUUCAUCCUUGCCGUGACUUGCUGGAUCAACGAUCGGCUAUUUUGCGAAGUAUGGGCAUCAGUUAACUUUCCAUACCUACACUGCGGGUGGCAUCUAUUGAUAUUUAUUGCAUCCUACACGGCAUGUGUUUUCUUCGCCUAUUUCGAUGCUUUAACUGAAGUGCCAGAACAGAUGCCAGUUUUGAAAUACUGGCCAAAUGAUAAAUGGGACAUUUGGGGCAUUCCAUAUAUAUCCUUGAAACGUAUGGGUCAGAAACCAUUGCGUAAGUUCUAGAAAUGGGACCUAUAUGGGGUUUCAUGUAUAUCACUGAAACUUAUGGGUCAGAAACAUUUGCGUAAGACCUAAAAUUGGUACAGGGACACUAUGAUAUUUGGGGAUUACCAUUUAUAUCUCUGAAAUGAACCAAAAGAUUUACAAAAGUUACAUAAUACAGGUGGUAGGACCGUGUACAGUAUUAUCUGUAGUUCAAAAUAUUGUUCCACGAACAUAAACAAAUCAUCUAUAUAAUACUUAACCAAAGGGAAAUGCCUUAACUUGAGGCCAAUCCUCCAUUUCUUAUUUUUGGAAUGGUGCCUUUGGUUUGUGUGCUAAAUUGUUUUAUUACAUAAAUAAAUAAGUUAAAUGAAAUUGUUUUGACAAGAAAAUCUGACAAUAAAGAUUUUUCAUAUUUAUAGUUGAGAGAAUGUGCAGUUGUUAUUUGUAUAUGUGUAUAUUUUUGUAAAUUGCACAAUUGUAAGUGUUACUUUGGUUCAGAUUUCACAAACCAAAAAUACUGGUACAUGAAGAUUGCAGGUAUUUGGUCAACAUUCUGUUAAUUUAAUUAUACAAUAAAUUGCUAUAUCUGUAGCAAUACUGUAAUUGUGCAAUAUUGAUUGUGUACAUUGUGUGAUCAGUUUAAUUUUACUUACACGCACAAGCAAUAAUGUUUAUAUUUAAACCACAGGAAUGUUUUAAAGGUGUGUUAUCACUUAAUGUACCUAUUUGGGUAGACAAAAAUAUAUGCUUGUGUAACUUGGAAAAACUUCAGUUGCAACCUUUGAUUUUCAACACUGAGAUUGGAUAACUUUUUGUGAAAAUCGAAGAAUAAAAUUAAUUAUCUAAUAGAAAUCUUCCAACAGAAGUUUAAUCCAUGUUUUUACACAAUAUAUAGGUGCCUAGUGCUUAUAAGUGGAUGUAUGGUGUGAAGGAUAUUGUUCAUUCCAUUUUCAGUCCGAAUAAGACAAAUUGAAAAUCAUAUUAUCAUUUUGUGCUUUUGAUGCAGUAUCUAAUUGCAUAAUAUUGUAAAAAGUAAGUACAUGUACAUGGACAGAAGUAUAUAUAACUUGACCUAUAUAUUAAUGUAAUAGUGUUACAUAAUA